CCUUAAAAUAUCCAAUAGUAAGGUCGCAUUGCCUGGCCCUAGUUCAACGAUUUGAAGCGGCUUACCAGGACCCAUUUUUUGAGUUUCAGAAAAGAACCAUAUCCCUAAAAUCUCACCAAAUAGUUGACUUAUUUCUGGCGACGUUAUAAAAUCACCACCUUGGCCAAUAACCUCUUUUUUCAUGUAAUAUCCUUCGGUAGGGUUUGUAGUAAUAAUAUGCAUGUAUUCAGCUACAGUAAUCGGUCCAUUUAACCUAAUUUUUUCUUUUAUUAUAUCCAUUAUGCUCGGAGCGGUGCCCGGGGCAGGCAUUUUCAAAGUUUUUGGAUCCGGACGUUUGACAAUUUUAAAACUGUUACCUCUGGUUAUUGUUUGUUGUAUCAAUAGCUUAUUACACAUAUUAAAAAUGUGUCGCGAAUUCAUUUUGCAGAAUAUAAUACCAAAUAAAUAUUUACGUACUAAAAUGAAGAGGUUAUUUGUUUUGACAAUAAAAGUCUACUGUCAAACCCAAACCAAAGACACCAAAGACUACAGACUAUUGAAUUGCCAAAAGUGACAUGAAUAUAUUCUGUCAAAAGUAAUUGUCAAAUUCAGAGUUGCAGACAUUUGAUUUUGCAUAUUUCUCAAAAUGCGAUAAAAUUGUGCAAGCAAAGCAAGUGUGUGAUAAGUAAAUAAGAAUUAAGUUUUAAAGGACAAUAAAGUUUUGUAAUUCUAGAGAAUCCGAAUAUAGUGCGACUAUAAGACUUCUUAACAUUGACUUUAAUAGGUACCAGAAAAAGUAAUCGAGAAGGUUAUGUUUUGAUACACCACGUGAAGUUUUACCGAUUUAAUAUUUUAGUUUUAAGUCAAUUAUUGCUUAAUAGUUACGAUUAUAUACAAUAAGUAUGGGGCAAAUGGAUGACGAGUUUUAUUCUGGCGUUAACGACGUCAGAGGUAGCAAAGAACCAGCAGAACGCAAUGGCCGCAUUAUUGUUCGGAAUAUUUCCUUCAAAGCGACGAAGGAAGCGUUAAAGGAGCACUUUUCAAAAUAUGGUACAGUGCAAGAAGUGAAUUUGCUGAAGAAACCUGAUGGAAAGUUGGUUGGAUGUGGGUUUGUACACUUUGCUGAUGUUGCACAAGCUGAGAAAGCUAUUGCUGCUACAAACAGGAAACCAUUCCUGGAGCGCCCAAUACAUGUAGCUUUUGCAGUGUCCAAAAAAGCGUAUGUGCAGAAUAUGGAGAAUAACCCUGCCAGACAGAAGUUCAACAACAGCUCUGAAGAUGAUGGCAAACUAUUCAGUAAAGAAGAAGGAGACAAGUCUACAGAGGAAAAGCAAAAGAAAGAGAGAAUCAACCGUAAUGCUCGGCUUGUAGUCCGAAAUGUAUCCUUCAAGGCGACUGAAGAAACAUUGAAAGAGCAUUUUGCACCUUAUGGCGAUAUACUAGAGGUCAAAUUACUCAAAAAACCAGAUGGAAAAUUAGUAGGAUGUGCAUUUGUUCAUUUCAAAAAUGUACCGAUGGCCAAGAAGGCUUUGUUAAACACAAACAUGAAACCUUUUCUGGGACGUCCCAUAUCUGUGGAUUGGGCGGUGGCCAAGAACAAGUACAUGCAGCAUGUGGUGAGCCAACAGCUGGAGAUGGAAGAAAAGGUGAAGAAAGAAGAAUCUGACAGUGAUGAUGAUGAUGACAAACCACCGCUGAAUGUCACAGCUGAUGACAUUAAGGAUGAGAUCAAGAGUGAAAGUGAAUCAGAAAAGAAUUCUGAUGAGGAAGGCGAUUCUGAUAGUGAUGAUGAUGAUGAUAAAACUGACGUUAAGGGUGAGUCUGAUGAUGAUGAUGAUGAUGACAGUGAUGAACAGGACGACGAUGACGAAGAAGAAGAGGAUGAUGAAGAAGAAGGCGAGGAUGAUGAAGGAUCUCAAGCUGGGGAGAAACAGGAACACCAAAGGAUAAAGUUAAACGAUGCUGAAGACGGAUGCACGGUGUUUAUAACGAAUAUUCCGUUCAGCGUUGACGAUUAUCAGCUGAGACAGUUCGCUGAGAAAAUUGGUCCUGUGAAGUACGCCCUCGUUUGUGUCGACAAAAUGACUGAACAUUCUAAAGGAAGCGGAUUCGUCAAGUUUGCUGAUAAAGAGCACGCGGACGCCUUCCUAGCGUUAUCAGGGGAUCAGUUGAAGUUGGAAGGUCAAACAUUAUCAGUGAAGCCAGCACUCAAGAGGGAAAACCUACAGAAGGGCAAUAAGAAGGAAGCCAAAGACAAUAGGAACCUGUAUCUCGUUAAGGAAGGAGUGGUUGUUGCCGGUACGAAGGCGGCAGUGGGCGUGUCAGCCUCCGACAUGGCCAAGCGGCUGGCUCUAGAGCGGAGCAAGACACAAAUGUUGAAGAAUCUUAACAGGUUCGUAUCCCGGUACCGGUUGGUAGUGUCGAACCUGCCGGCGCAGUACGACGACGCCAAGCUGCGCAAGCUGUGCGUCGGCGCGGGCGACCGACGCGCCGUCGUCACCGAGUGCCGCGUCAUGAGGGACCUGCGCACCCCGCCCGGACCCGACGGCAAGAACCCGUCGAAAGGCUACGGCUUCGUAAUGUUCACAAGACACGAAGACGCUCUCGCCUGUCUGCGGAAACUGAACAACAAUCCCGAUGUAUUUGAUAAAAAUAAUAGGCCUAUCGUCUCCUUCUCGAUAGAAGAUAGAACAGCGUUAAAUGCAAGAAAGAAAAGAUUAGAGAAAUCCAUAGCCAAUAACCCGCUAGCAAACAAAGAUGGCGGUCAAACCACAGACAAGAGAAACAGGAAACGGAAACCAGAAACGUCACCAGACGAAAGUUACGCUAAGAGACGGAAGUUUGGGAAACUAAAUAAGUUUAAUAAAAAUACUAAUCAAGGUGAUGAUAAUAGAAAUCAGCAAUAUUCCCAAAAUCAAGGUUCUAACAAUUUUAAUGGAAAUUAUAAAAAUGAAAGGCAGAAUAGGUUCAAUAAGAAGGGACCCCGACAAAAUGAUGGGCCGGGUCAGUUUGUGAAGAAACCAGGAAAUAAUGACUACGGUGAAUAUACAGGGCUCACAGCUAAGGAAGGAUCCCAACACAAAAUGCGAAGCAACCAUAAAUUAAAAGCUCAGGCAGAAAUCCAUAGACAAACAGUGAAAACAGAGAAGAAGAAGAGUAAGAGAGCUCUAAGACUCAAGAUGGCGGCUAAAGAAAGAAUAAAGUUGCCCAAACAGAAGAUUAAUAAGAAUCCUAAUAAAAAGAGGAAGAAGCAUUUCAAUCAAUCCAAGUUUGACAGAUUUUUGUAAGAGUUUUUAAAAUAAUUUACAUAAAUCUAUAAAGUUAGACAACU